UGCAAUAAUUCAUUCGAAAGACAACCAGAACGUAUUGUCAGGAAGUCACAUCCAAAGCAGGUAUAACGACCACCACCACCUGAAAGGUUGUCGGCGACGGGGAACCAACACAACGAAGACGCAGAGUCUCCUAACAACUGAACCGUGCCACAUCCUUCGUCCCAAGGAAAUUAACGUGAUUCUAACGAAGUUGAUGCUUCUAUUACACCUUAAUCCCAACUCUCCGAUUCUAUGGUUCACAAGGUUACCUUGAAAAUCGCGUACGUAAUGCUAAUGCGAAGCGUUUUGUUCGUUAUUUUCAAGAACGCCCGUUUUCGAGCUUACUGUUGAAGCUUUCCACCUGUCGUUCGUACAAGCGUCGAGCUCGCGCCGUGUGUGUGUUUGUGGAGUGCCUCGUGCUUUGUUUAUAUUUGUGAUACAGUUGGGGGUCGAGAGCCAUUUUCCCAAGUGGAUGAGUUUUCUGCGCCCGAUUUUCAUCAUAGAAGUUAUUCAGAAGCGACUAGGAAGAGUGCGAACAACUGGCUUUCCCAACCCCACAUAUUUCGUGUAGACUUGCCAACUGACGACGCGAUGACCUUCUACCAUGACGCAAUGGGACCAAAUGUUCGUUAGAUCCCUCAUAAGGGCGCCACAGUACAGGUCGCUCCAAGACUACCAGAACAUCUACUAUGGCCUUUGCGGUCUGGAAGCGCUGCAAACGUUGAGGGAUUCCACGCUCAGGGCCCUCUGCAGAGUGGUCAGAUACGAGAAACAUGCCGCUGACGACGUCUUAUACUACACCGGCGAGUUGUCAACCUGCUGGUAUAUCUUGCUGUCAGGAUCCGUCUUCAUCGAUGGCUCCUUAUUCUUGCCUAGAUCCAGUUUUGGCAAGAGAACAGGAGGAAACGCUAGAAGGCAACAUGAGUGUUUCGUUUUGGAGCCCUCGGAGAUGAUCGUGAUUGACUAUCCCGACAUCGAGAGAAGUCAGAGAGCUUUCGCGCAUCCGCUGCCGCCGAUCUCUAUGGAUCACCCGCCGCCGCCGCCUCCCGCGACGCAGCAUCGGAACGUGAACAUCAUGUUCGACGACGUGUACGGCGGCCCCAACGUGACCACCUCCGUCAGACCUAACCUCUACUACAAGUGCAGCAGGGGCUCCCAUUCGUCGGACACGAGUUCGGCCUACAGCGGCUCCGACACCAUGGCCUCCAACCAUUCGGAGAUGGACAACGCCGAAGACGUCGACCUGACCGGGCUGAUGGAGAGCGCCGUCGACAGCGACGAAGAGGACGAUCUGGCAGAAAGCAUAGAUAGCCUCACGGUCAGAGACAGGGUACGCGACUGCCUGGAGAAAGACGCCUCGGAAAGGACAGAGGAGGACAUCGAAACGCUGCUGGAGUUCACCCAGCACCUGACGGCGUUCACCAACAUGACGCUGGCCGUCAGACGGGAGCUCUGCGCCGUGAUGGUGUUCGCGGUGGUCGACAAGGCUGGCACCCUCGUGAUAAACGACGGCGAAGAGCUGGACUCGUGGUCGGUGCUGAUAAACGGCUGCGUCGAGGUCAUCAUGGGUAACGGGGAAGAGGUCCGGAUAUUGAACAUGGGCGAUUCCUUCGGCAUACUGCCCACCAUGGACAAGCUGUAUCACAAGGGCGUUAUGAGGACUAGGACGGACGAUUGUCAGUUCGUUUGCAUCACGCAGUCGGAUUAUUAUAGAAUAUUACACCAAGGGGAAGAGAACAUCAGACGACACGAGGAAGACGGCAAGGUGGUCAUGGUGACCGAACUCAGGGGUUCCGUCGAGCCGAACUGCAACCGCAGGGGACACGUGGUCAUCCGCGGCACGCCGGAGCGCCUGAUGCUCCAACUGAUCGAGGAGAACUCCCUGACGGACCCCACCUACGUCGAAGACUUCCUGCUGACGCAUCGCACCUUCACCCCCAGCUCCUUGCACGUGGCCAGCAAGCUCCUGCAGUGGUUCCAGGACGCGGACGUACGAGACAGGGUGACCAGGGUGGUGCUGCUGUGGGUGAACAACCAUUUCACCGACUUCGAGACCGACCCCGACAUGAUCGAGUUCCUGGAGACGUUCGAACAGAGCCUGGAGACGGAGAAGAUGGGCGGCCAGCUCAGGCUGCUCCACAUCGCGUGCGCGGCCAAGGCGCGCAUCAGGAACGUGGUGCUGGCCAGGCCGAGCCGCGACGAACCGCUGAACUUUCAGAUAUUGGGCGGUUUCGAGCGCAACUUCGGCGUGUUCAUCUUCAAGGUGGACAAAAAGUCGAAGGCCGAAGACGUGGGACUGAAGAGGGGCGAUCAGAUCUUGGAGGUGAACGGGCAGAGUUUCGAGCACGUGAGCCUGGCGAGGGCGCUGGAGAUACUGAAGGGUACCACGCAUCUGAGCAUAACCGUCAAGUCGAACCUGCUGCAGUUCAAGGAGAUACUGAACACGCCCGACAACUCGCCGAGGCCGAGGGGUAGAAAGGUGAACGAGAUAUCAAAAUUACAGCCCGAUCCGAGAGCGAGGCUGUCCAGCGUGGACGGCAUCUUAGCCGACGCGCCAGCAGCUCAGCCUGUCACGAUCAACAGUCCGAUGAAGGACGGUAGGAAGCCGACCAGUUUCAUGACGUUGGGGCCUAAGAAGCGACUCCAGAAGGCUCUAAUGAAGAUGAAUAUCUUGCCUAAGAAUAUUAUCAACGUUGGAGUUGGUAGCGAUCAAGUGGAUAGUUUUAACUCGUCGUCUAGCCAAGGAUCUAAUCUGUAUGAAUCUCAAAGUAAUCCUGAUCUGGUGUCGAUGUGCUACGAUGACGGUGGUCGGAAUAAUGAUUAUCCGGAACAUGUUCUCAAGGUUUACAAACCGGAUCAAAGUUACAAAUACCUGUUAGUUCAUAAGGAAACGACCGCCCACGAGGUGGUGAUGCUCGCGCUCCAGGAGUUCGGCAUGACCGACCCCAGCAGCAACUUCUCCCUGUGCGAGGUGUCGGUCACCGACAACGAGACGCAGGCGAUAAAGCAGAGACGGCUGCCCGACCAGCUGCAGAACCUUGCCGAGAGGAUAGGACUGAGUAGUAGAUAUUACCUGAAGACGAACGGGGUGACGGAGACCCUGGUGCCCGACGAGCUUGCGCCCGAGCUGCUCAGGGAGAACGCGUUCCACUUCCUCCAGUUGAACGCCGUGGAGGUGGCCAUCCAGCUGACGCUGCAGGAUUUCUCGAUAUUCAGACAGAUCGAGUCCACCGAGUACAUAGACGACCUGUUCCAGCUGAAGUCGAAGUACGGCACGCCGAUGUUGGACAAGUUCGCCGCUCUGGUCAACAAGGAGAUGUUCUGGGUGGUCACGGAGGUGUGUUCGGAAACGAACCCUGUCAGGAGGAUGAAGAUCAUCAAGCAAUUCAUCAAGGUUGCAAGACAAUGUAAAGAGUGUAAAAAUUUCAAUUCGAUGUUCGCAAUAAUUAGUGGUUUAGGGCACGGCGCCGUAUCAAGACUGAAGCAAUGCUGGGAAAAAUUACCGACUAAGUAUCAAAGAGUGUUCCACGAUUUGCAACAAUUGAUGGACCCCUCCAGGAAUAUGAGCAAAUACAGGCAGAUGGUGUGUACGGAACAGAAUCAACCUCCGAUUAUACCCUUCUAUCCCGUCGUUAAGAAGGAUCUGACGUUCAUCCACCUGGGCAACGACUCCCACCAGGAAAACCUGGUCAAUUUCGAAAAAUUGAGGAUGAUAGCCAAAGAGGUGAGAUCGCUGAGCAACAUGUGCAGCAGUCCGUACGAUCUGCUCACCAUGCUCGAGUUGGGCGGACAGCCCGCCAGCAAUGCCAUGAUAAGCAUGAACCAAAUGACGACGACGAAUUCGCAGCACGCUCAACAACAGGGUCAACAGACGGUGAAGAGACGGAAGAAGUCCACCGCCGCCCCGAAUCCCAAGAAGAUGUUCGAGGAAUCUCAGAUGGUGAGGCGGGUGAAGGCCUACCUCAACAAUCUGAAGGUCAUAACGGACGAAGACAGACUCCGCGAGAUGUCGGUCGAAUGCGAGGGCAUGGCCUCCGGCACAGCGUCCAACCAGGGAAGCCAGAGACCUAGGCGGCACGCGUCGCCAGCGCCAUCUACCACAAGCAGCACGAGCAGCGCCAGUGACGAGAGGAAACCUUCGGCGAAAUUCGGAGCUGCAUCCCCGCAGACGGUCCGAAAGUUGUUGUCGUUAUCCGAUGUAAAUAAGAAGAGACCAUAUCAGCCUUCGCAGGUUUUGGCGGGGAUCAAUCCCGCCCAAGCGAGUCCUGCUGUGAGGAGAGCUCCUAGUGCGACAGGAAGUUACUCAAGUUACGGCUCACACAGCUCGACCAGCAGCUCGGGUAUUGGCGGUAGGGCGAUGCACGAAAGGUCGCACUCGGACACACCGACACCCCUGCCUUCGGUCGCGCUGUCGGCCGAAAGCAGUAGCGUCACAUCUCUCAGUAAUAUGCCGCUAAGAAAAACAGCGAACUCAGGUUCUGUUACUUCUUCUGACUCGGGUCACAGCACAACCAGUCAUUGUAGUACGGGGGAUGGGCUAGUACACCCCUAUCAGAGAUGUCCCAGCCCGCCUCGACCCCCUAUAGGUCCAGGAGGACGCAGGCAUGGCCCACCGGCCUAUAGUGUGGCCGCUCAAAUGGCCCGGUUACAGAGGCUAGGGCGGGCCCAUUCCCACGAAGGCGUCACGCAGAGCUAUCACUAUCAUACCGAUCCUGACACUGAUCAGGGAGACUACGAUAACGACAUCUAUGACAUUGACAAGGACACCGUCAUAAUAAUGGUUUGACCGGUAUGACAUUUGACGUUCUAUUGUGACAGAUAACAACUAACGACUGCUCGAACGUACAUACCUAACAAUACUACCAGAGAAUGUACAUGUUUUCCGUCAUUGCAUGCCUUCCCUCAUUGUCGUACAUACAGAAGGAUUCUUUCCGAGCAUUUUUUUUUUGUAAAAUUUGUACAUAAUACUUCGAAAAUGUUCGAUGUUGCUUUGCUACGAUCCUGAACGCCUUACUGAAUUUGACGAUACAAAUAUACGCUGUGCUAAAAAGUCAAUUUCCAGAGAAACCGUAAGGGAUGUACAGGGUGUCCCAAAUUGCUUGAUUUUGGCUGUUACUCGGACAUAUGUUUUUGAGAUAUGAAAAAAUUCUGAUAUUUUGUACUUUUCAAAAUAUAUCUUUGAUAUUCUUAAUUGACAACAUAUUAUCGAAAUAAAACUAGCUUUCCAAAAAAUUAUAUUAUAUUUACAUAUUUACCGAUAUAUCACUAACCUAUCUAAGCCAGAUACUCAUUUUAGUGAAAUUAUAAUAUUUCAUACAAUAUUCUAUGAAAAAUAUUUUCAUACUAGCAAAUUUUCUAUUUUUUUAUGAGUUCAUAGAGCGAGAUCAAUUUUUCUUUUCAUCUUGAUUUUAGUUGAAAACCUUAUAUGAAUUGAACGUUACAAGAGUAAAAUAGGUUGGGCAAAAUGAUGCAUCUUGAUAGAUUAUUUAUCAAAUGUGAUAAUUUCACUGAAAUAAUAUUCUACUUCUAAUAGGAGAGUGAUAUAGACAGUUUUUUGCCGAGAAACGACUUCCACAUACCUUUAUGAAAGUAAGUACUCACCUGUUUGCUGGUCCCUGCUACGUCGACGUAGCUAAUUCUCGAGCUCUGGGAGAGUGUUACUGAUAUCCAAAACAAAGAAAUUUUGGGCACCCUAUACAUUUUCUGAGGACUACACUUCACAGAUCACAAAGAAAUAUAGAAACAUAGUUUGAAAUUUUCUUGAAAAAAUCAUCGCACAGCGUAUAUCGGACUGAGCAUGAUUGGACUACAUGAACACGUGCAUGCUGAUUCCCAGAAAGGAUUCUCCCAGAUCCUGCAUGAACAAAAAAGCACCCGCCAUCCUUCUGAUUCUGAAAUACCCAGAUCUAAAUUCCCGAUGAAAUUUUUAAUGAACUAUGUUUAUUUCCAAUACAGAUGACGAAGAGACUCAGGUAUCGGCCGUUUGAACGUAACAAAUCCAGUGAUUUCGAAAAAUACACUCGAAAAGAAUAUACGCAUUAUUUUCAAUACUCGUUUCUUCGACUUUUUUUUACAAUAAUUUCUGUAUGUACAAUUCGUGCAACUUAGGGGUACUGGAACAAACAUUGAAAGUAUUCAACGAUUCUCAUUAUGAUCUUCAAGUUGCCAGGUUGGAUUCGAAUGAAUGGAAAGAGGUGUUCAAAAUGUGUUUUCCAAAUUUCAUCUGUUGAUUCCCUUUGUAUUAUGUAUAGAACACCACUAGAUAAUAUAUCUACCUACAUGUAAAUCAAGAUAUUUAUUUUUGAGUCGACCCUGGCAUCAUUUAUUCUUGUUUGUCUCUAUUUUUUUGUACCUGAAUAUUAAAAUCUUUAUACAUCUUUCUCAGACAUGUUUAUAAGUAAAUUUUAUUUAUAUUUAGUUCAUAAAGCUUUUAAUAUAUAUAUUUGAUCUUCUUAUUUUGUAUAUAUAGAGUAUUUUACACAUAUAUUUUAUCUCUCUUUUCCUAGUAUUUCUUGUAUUUAUAAAUGUAUAAAGGGAUAGUUUUAAGAUUGUCGAUAUCAUUCCAAUCAAUUUACGUUACGGGGUGUUAAAAUGUUCUGAAACUCCUUGCAACAUUUACUCGAAUGAAAUGUAUAAAACGAAUCAAGCUGAGCUUUCUCAACACAAUGGAAAAUUAUCUUGUACUGGAAUAUAUCUAUCCAUUCUGCUCAUGUUUUGUAUGAAAAUGAGUUGUCGCUAGGCCAAAUAUCUGUAUCGCAUCUUCCUAAGACACUCGUUUUCAAUAAUUCCUAGAGAUUGAAUCAAUAUCGAAAUUUUUCAAAGUUAACGAAACUGUAAGCUCAAUGUAUUCCAUUUCGACCAAAUUAUAUUUUUAAACAUCAUUUCGAUUGUGUAUACUGUAGACAGACUGAAUAUAGAUGAUUGAAGUAUUAAUUCGAAUUUAGAUUAUCAUUUUUUAUUGAGAAAAAUGGAUUUAUGUCGAUUUGUUUUAUUUUGGUGAUUUGACUAGUCGCUCAAUAUCGUUGUAUGAAGUCAAGACCAUAAUUGAUUAGGAUUAAAACACGACGAAAAAAAAUCAAAUAAUUACUUUUUUUUUCUUCAAAUUCUUGUUGGUUACAUUUUCAAUUUUAAUCUGAAUGUUUUUGAACUUGAUUUUGUGCAACAAUUUUCAUAUGAAAAUUUAGUUACUAAAAAUAUCUAUUAAUAUUUUAAAGGUUGUAUCAUAUCUGUUGUAAUUAGUGUAAAUUUAUUUUAUUCUUAAAACUGGUGAUUGUCUCUUGACAUGAACUUUAAUGUUAAAUAAAGUGGAAUUUCAUAA